AUGUCGACGCCGCCCCUCUGCUCCUCGACCUCCGCCUCGUCGGGUGCGUCGUCGAGCGCGUCGUCGACCAGCUCGUCCUCCCCGACCAUUGACUUCUCCCAGCUCAGCUCCGAGGAGUCCCUCGACAUUCUGCUGCAGACGAUCUCUCAGAAUACAAACUCGGAUACGGCCUCGGACGAGUCGUCCGCACACACACCGCCGGACUGGGAGCAGCUCGCGGCGUGGGCGCGCGCAGAGAAUAACACCAAGAUGCCUGACUUCAGCGACUUCAACUUCUCACUUCCCAUGGACCUAGACUUUGACCCAAACAUGGCAAUUGACCCCAGCGCACUGCACUUUGGCUCUAUGUUCGACCAGGGCCUCGCUAUGGCCCCGGAGAACCUGUAUUCAGGACAAGCCUCUGAUCAGAACCAGGGACUGCUCUACCCUACAACCGAAGACAUGGAUUGGCUUCAACAGCAGCACAUACAGCCUGAGACUGGCCGGCGACUCAGCAUCACAUCCUCCUCUUCAUCUGGCGCCUCGCUCUCUCCGGUCAUGGACAACGCAUCUGUCAGCAGCAGCGCUUCGGCCAGCAGCUCACCACCGAGUGAGAGCUAUCUCAGCGACCCGGCACAGGAGCUCGCGCAUAAGGUGCGCCAGAUGGCGGGCGUCACACUUGCUGUCCCCGUCAGCGCACAGGUGCAGCAAAUGGCCGCAGCAGGCGGCCAAGCCAAGCUUCCUAUUCCGAGGCUCCCGCGCCCUAGUCUGUCCGUGCCCAGUAGGCAAAGCCCGCCGAAGAGCGUCCCGAGCCCGGACUCUUCGUCUUCGUCGCUGAGUUCGCCGAAGAGCGACUCGCCCGUGGAGCCGCAGCAGCUACCGCAGCAGCCACCCGUGCAGUCCGUGAUCGGGCGGCCAAAGACGAGUCACACGACGAUCGAGCGGAGAUACCGCACGAACCUUAACGCACGCAUCACUGGCUUGAAGCAAGCCGUGCCUGCGCUGCGCGUGCUGGAGGCGAAGGCGAACAACGCCCAGAAUCCGUUCAGCGACGUUGUGGACUCGCGCGGCUUUGUGGAUGGCGUGAAGGUAGCGCGCAAGAUGAGCAAGGCCAACGUGCUGGGAAAGGCCGCUGAGUACAUCAAGGUGCUCAAGAAGCGUGAGGCGCGCUUGAAGCGGGAGCAAGAUGGGCUGAAGUCCCUCAUUGCGGGUCUCGUCGGCGGUCCGGCACUUUUGAAGGAGUGGGAACGUGAAUGGCGAGAGAGCUUCGGCGGCGAGGAGAAGGACGAGAUCGAGGAUGAGGGGGCGGCGGGCGGCAGUGAUGACGAGGAUGGGGAUGGGGAAGACAGCGAUGACGAGGAAGGCCGCGCGAGGAAGAAGCCAAAGGUGUCAAAGCCUGCGAAGAAGGAGAAGGAGAAGCCGCCUCGUCCCGCAGUCGCGCCCGCGCCCGUACUCGCACUCCUACCAUUUGUCGCUGCUGCGCCAGGCGUCCCAGGUGCAGCACCAGAGAAGCGCAAGCGCGGCCGCCCACGCAAGAACCCGCUUCCCCCUAUCCCCGCUGCCAUCCAGGCUGCCUCUGCGCCCGUCGCGUUGACUGUGCCCCCGGUAUUCCCCAUGGACGUCAAGAUGGAGGACAGCACGGGCCAGUCCGCAGAACAGAGCGCGCAGCAGGCGCCGGCGCAGCAGUACCUGCUCGCCGCGUUUGCGUUCUUCUCCGUGUUCAACAACCCGCUUGCUACCCGGACGCAUACUUAUACGCAGACACAUACUGGCCACGCGCACCAGGGACGCCUCGGCAUGAACGAGGUCGUGCAGGGCGUCCAUCUAUUGGUCUCUACUCUGGUGUUCUUCUACGUCAUCGUCCCGUGGUUGUCGGGCGCGCUCCGACGUGCCCGCGGUUUGUCUGUGCUCUCCUCGAUCACUUCGCGGAUUCGUGCCACGGUUCGCGUCACGAAGUCCCGCGCUCCUCGGGAUGCUGCGCUCAUGAAGGUUCUCCUCGACGCGCUGCACCCAACGUGCCGUGGCUCGCCCGACGAGGCUGUGCUCCUGCGCCGGGCUCUGGGUGUGUCGGACGGCGUCCUCGGGCUGAUGCAGGGUGUCAUCAAGGCCGGUAGGGUCGACCGAGGCAUUGAGCUCAACCAACUCGAGCAGCGCGCCUGGGUGCGGUUAGGCGAGCUCGUCGCGUUCGAUGGGAAAGUCGGCAAGGCGACUCGUAUGCAGACUUACUGGUGCAUGUCAUGGCAUAUCUCGACCUUCGCAGCGUCCACCACGGACCUCUCGACUCUGGCGAUGAUCCGCGAGUUCCUGCGUCCGCACGAGAAGAUCGUCCUGGACAACAUGAGCGUGGACGACGCGGCGGAAUGGCUGGAGAAGUGGCAGCGUUGGCACGAGACGGAGCGCAAGGGUCGCUGCGCGGCAUGCGAGAAGCGCACCCCGCUCGGCGUCCUCGCUGCGAUCCUCAUACGCGCGCGUCUUCGGAAGCACGCUGCGGCGCUGUUUGUGCGCACGGUCGUGCGGAACGACGCCUGUGCAGGCGCGGACGAGUGCGCCGAGGGCGAGGGCCUGGUGUACAAUGCGGAGAAGGACUAUCGUGAGGAGCAGGAACGCACGGAGACGGUGCAGGCUGGCAAGUCGAUCGGCGGGCGGACCGCUGAGCUCGCGGUGCUGCUCGAGCGUAUCUGGGACACCGGCUUCUGCAUGCAUGAGGACGUCCUGCCCAGAUACCAGGAUGACGAGGACGCGGAUUGCGAGGAUGCACACGACCUCGCGAGCAAGGAUGAGGCGGAGAUCCGGUCUCUCCUCAGCGCGACUAUCAUCUACCGACGCAUCUUCCCCUCCUCCUUCCCCGCCUGCUCCACGUCCGUUUCCUUCAUCCUUUCACCUCCACCAUCACCAUCACAGCGCAACGCAGCACUGCACAUGGCGCUUCGGACAGCGCUCGGCUCGCGAGCAUUUGAGUUCGCGAGUGGCGGGCGGCUCGAGGACGAGGAGCUCGCCGUUGCUCUGGAAGACUCGCGCGACCGUGUCUGCGACAUGCUCGUGGAGCUGGAGAAGUCAUGUAGGAGAGGCGCGAGAUUUGAACCGGGCCCUCUGUAUGAGUAUGAAUCGAGUAAUUAG